AUCCGAAAAGCAAAAGCGAAUCGAAAUAACGUGGCUGCUGUGAAUAUAUUGUAGCGAUAAGACUAUCUGACAGACACAGAGACUCUGAUCGAUCCGGAAGGGUGACGACGAUAACAAAGAGGGAGUAAUCGAACAGCGACAGAUGGCGGACCACGGUGGCGGAGGAGGAUGUUGUCCACCGAUGGAUCUGUUCCGUUCAGAACCGAUGCACUUGGUACAAAUCAUCAUUCCUAUUGAGUCAGCUCACUUGACUGCCUCCUACCUGGGAGAUAUCGGCCUCAUUCAAUUCAAAGAUCUGAAUGCAGAAAAAAGCCCUUUUCAAAGAACAUAUGCUGGACAGAUCAAAAGAUGUGGAGAAAUGGCAAGAAAAUUACGUUACUUCAAAGAUCAAAUGUCAAAGGCAGGUCUCACACCCACACCAAAAACCGAAGCACAAGGUGAUAUUAAUCUGGAUGAUCUAGAGGUAAAACUUGGAGAUCUAGAAGCUGAGUUGAUUGAAGUAAAUGCAAAUAGUGAAAAGUUGCAGCGUGGUUAUAAUGAGCUUGUGGAAUAUAAGCUUGUCUUACAGAAGGCUGGUGAGUUUUUCAGGACAGCGGAAAGCAGUGUUGUAGCUCAACAAAGAGAACUUUCAUCUGAUCAAACUCCUGAAGAAUCUUUGGAAACUCCUCUUCUAACAGAUCAAGAUUCAAAAACUGAGCAAGGGAAACAAGUGAAACUAGGGGUUCUUGCUGGGCUUGUGGCUAAAGGAAAAUCCAUGGCUUUUGAAAGAAUUCUAUUUCGUGCUACAAGGGGUAAUGUCUUUUUAAGGCAAUCUACUGUUGAAGAAGCUGUUGUUGAUCCUAGCUCUGGAGAAAAGGUUGAGAAAAAUGUAUUUUUGGUUUUUUAUUCUGGAGAAAGAGCAAAAAGCAAAGUUCUUAAAAUAUGUGAAGCUUUUGGAGCAAAUCGUUACCCUUUUGUGGAAGAUUUAAGCAAACAAGAACAAACAAUAACUGAGGUAUCUGGAAGGACAUCUGAGCUGAAGAGAACAAUAGAUGCUGGACUUUUGCAUCGUGGAAAUUUGUUACAAACAAUAGGAGAACAAUAUGAAAGGUGGAACCUUUUGGUGCGAAAAGAGAAAUCUAUCUAUCACACUCUAAACAUGCUCAGCAUUGAUGUAACAAAAAAGUGUCUUGUGGCUGAAGGGUGGAGUCCCAUAUACGCAACUGAACAGAUUCAAGAUGCAUUGGCUCGUGCAACUAUAGACUCCAACUCACAAGUUGGUGCUAUAUUCCGAAUUUUACACACAAAAGAAUUGCCUCCAACCUUUUUUAGAACAAACAAAUUCACUGAAUCCUUUCAAACAAUUGUUGAUGCAUAUGGGGUUGCAAAAUACCAAGAAGCAAACCCUGGAGUAUACACUGUUGUCACAUUCCCAUUUCUGUUUGCUGUAAUGUUUGGUGAUUGGGGCCACGGAAUAUGCAUAUUGCUAGCAGCUUUAUUUUUAAUCUUCAAAGAGAAAAAAUAUUCAACUCAGAAGCUUGGAGACAUUAUGGAAAUGACAUUUGGAGGACGCUAUGUUAUAUUGCUCAUGUCACUCUUCUCAAUCUACACUGGCUUAAUCUACAACGAGUUUUUCUCAGUUCCAUUUGAGUUGUUUAGCCCUUCAGCUUACGUAUGCCGUGAUACUUCUUGCAGUGAAGCUACCACUAUUGGUUUGAUAAAGGGGAGGGACACGUACCCGUUUGGUGUGGACCCCGCAUGGCACGGGAGUCGGAGUGAACUUCCGUUUCUAAAUUCUUUGAAGAUGAAAAUGUCCAUUCUUAUUGGUGUAGCGCAAAUGAACCUUGGAAUAAUAAUGAGCUUUUUUAACGCUUUGUACUUCAAGAACCCUGUAAAUAUCUGGUUUCAGUUUAUUCCUCAGAUGAUAUUUUUGAACGGGUUGUUUGGAUACCUUUCGUUUCUUAUUGUUCUUAAGUGGUGCAUUGGUUCAAAGGCGGAUUUAUAUCAUAUAAUGAUAUACAUGUUCCUUAGUCCUACUGAUGACCUUGGAGAAAAUCAGCUUUUUGCAAAUCAAAAAACAGUUCAACUUGUGCUUUUACUAUUGUCCCUCAUUGCUGUCCCAUGGAUGUUGCUUCCCAAGCCUUUCAUUUUAAAAGCACAAUACAACAGGACACACCAAGGGGAGUCCUACACGCCACUUGAAGGAGAAGAUCAAUCAUUACAAGUGGAGGCAAAUCAUGAUUCACAUGAAGAAUUUGAGUUUAGUGAAGUGUUUGUUCAUCAACUUAUUCAUACGAUAGAAUUUGUACUCGGGGCUGUGUCAAAUACAGCUUCUUACCUUCGUCUAUGGGCACUCAGUCUGGCACAUUCGGAGUUGUCAACUGUGUUCUAUGAGAAGGUUCUUCUUCUUGCUUGGGGGUACAAUAAUGUGAUAAUUCUUGGCAUUGGAAUUCUCGUGUUUAUUUUUGCAACGGUUGGUGUGUUGCUAGUGAUGGAAACUCUUAGUGCCUUUCUACACGCAUUAAGACUUCACUGGGUGGAGUUUCAAAACAAGUUCUACGAAGGAGAUGGGUACAAAUUCCAUCCUUUCUCCUUCAUGUUACUCGGUGAUGAGGAUGAAUAAUUGUUUAAUUAUUUCACACUCUUUACAAAUCACCACGGACUUUAUACUUUAUACUUUAUUUAUUUAUUUAUAAAUUAUACUGUAUUGUUUGCUACUACUAUCUAUCAACAAUAAUAAAGAGGUGUGAAUGUGAGAUUGUUAUUUAUGUUAA